UUGAGGCGGCAUCUGCAGUCGCAUAUCCCCGGCACGUAGAGGUCCCGAUUUGGAGACUCUGCCUGUACUGACUGGCCUCGUCUUGUCUCAAAGACAAACGUCCUCCUGCGAGGAAGGAGUGUGGAUCGGCAUGACCCCUAGCUCUUUGAAAUGGAUUUUAGCUGCUUGGCUGUUAGAUUGCCUGUUGGUUCAGAGCACCGAGGAAGUCAUCACACCUAAGAACUGCACGCUGGAAUGCAUUCUACAGAGUCAUCCAGAGUGUGAAUUUUGUCGUAUUACCAGCCAGAAUAUCAACGCUACUAUCAAUGUAUCGCAGACAAUGCUACAAGUCUUUGCAUCUUCUUUAGAUUGUGUUCCCAAGCCAUGUAAUACCCUGCUAAGAAGAAGCAACCUUAAUCCCUGUGAACAUUUUGUAAAAGCUCCACACAAUGUCAAUGUAAAAUUUGGUAACAUAUCAAACAAGGAACAUGAAACAGUGGUGGUCUCCUGGCAGCCCAGCGAGGAGGGGAUAGAAUUCCUGGUUGGUUUUCAGAUCAGUGUGCAGAUACCAGGAGGAGAAGUAGUAGGAUGUCAGCUGCUGUUAUUCCACUCUAACUUCUCUUUGGAAGUUGGCAAAUCCCAACAGGUGUACCAGUCUGAUCCCUUUCCCAACCUGGAGCUGGGAACAGAGUAUGUUGUGACAGUAAUUGCUUUGCCAGUCCCUGAGCAAUGGGAAUAUUACUACACAGCAAAAUUCUUCAGAACACGCAGUUGCGCCCAAAUAAAUGGAGUGGAGAAAUGCAGAGCAGAUUGGUCUCCCAGAAACAUCACCAUGUAUCAAGAGGGAAGGGAUGCUAUUUUGUCAUUUUCAAUGGCUCCUCCUCAACUAAAUAUUGAAAAUUACUUCGCAUUUUGUUCAGGUGACAAGAUAAACAAAUAUACUAAUGUUCCUGGGAUUCAAGGCGAAAAUCAGACCCAUGUCAGUUUCCGACUGACUGACCUCCAAUUCAGGGUUCCUUAUUCUUGUGAGAUAGCAGCAGAUAUUGAGGAUGCAAAAAGGAAAGUUUAUAAAUUCAUGUUAGAAGAUACUUCAGCACAAUCGGUCAUCACGACAAACAGCCUGUUGAUCAUAAUCUGCAUUAUUCUGUUUCUCUUAUCUGUGUUUUUUCUCCUGAUCCUUCUAUUCUACCAAAGGAAAAAAAGGAAAGGAAAUAAAGGCAAGCUUGAAUUCCCUGAAGAAAAUCCCCUAGAUUCAAUAUCUUCAGACUCUCCCAUCCUCAGACAUAUUCGCCCACAGGUCUUUAUCCUGUAUUCCAGCUCUGAUGGCCCAUACCAUGUCGCAGUUGUGCUACAAUUUGCAGUGUUUCUUCAGCAGCAUGCCGCUGUGCAGGUCUCCUUGGACCUUUGGGAACAGCUACAAAUUGCAGAACAUGGGAAGAUGAAUUGGCUGUGCCAGAAAAUAGAAGAAAGUGACUUUGUACUGGUGGUAUGCUCCCAAGGAAUGUACAAAAUGUCUAAUAGGCAAAUGGUAACCCAAGCAAAUGAGGAAGUAGAUGUUUCCAUAGUGGGAAUUUCAAUGAUUGCAGAGGACAUGUAUCGUGCAAAGUCUCAAGGGUUGAGCAUGUCCAAGUAUAUUACUGUCACUUUUGAAUACACCAGUGAACAAUACAUUCCCAAGAUGUUAUAUCUGGCAUCCAGGUACCAUCUGAUGUUCAGCCUUCCUUUAUUGUUCUCUCACCUUCACCAGGUGCAGAUGCAUAAACCUGGCAUACAAUUGCAUGUGGAUGUCAUGACUCCAGAAGGAUACAUUAAAGUCCCUUCUGGGUGUUCACUUUAUUGUGCUCUUCAUAAAGCAACACAAAUAUACAAUGAAACAUGAAUGCAGCAUGAAACCCAGGAUAUGGUUUUCAAACUCAAGCCUAUGUUAUAUUUAAAAUAAGUGCAUUUGCAAGAUAAAUGGUUAAUUAAAUAAUCUACUUAUAUGAAAGGAAACUUCUAAACAUUAAACCACACUGUGUGCAAUCCAAUAUAUUUCUAGCCUACAAUAAGAAGAGUUGUUUCAAUUAAUUGCAAUAUAUAUUCAUUAAAAGUUAUUAAUCAGUUAGUAAACACCUUUAACAUAUUUUAUGUAACAUAUUUUCAUAGUGAUAACAAUUCCUGGGCAAUAUUCAAGCAUAUACUGUACACAAUAAGUACACAUAUUGUAUAUACAUAUCUCUCUAUUAUAAAAGAAGCACAGGUGGAUCACAUCACUUACGUAGAAUCAUUUGGACAGUUUGUGGUGAGAUUUUAACAUCCUGGCUAAAUGCUCUGCUUAUGCCUACAAGUGCUCUUACCCAUUUGCAAUAGAUGAUAUCAACAGAAGACUCAGCUAGAAAAAAUCACAGAAUUUGAACCACUACAGUAGAAACACCCAGACACUAUGGAUCUACAUGGCACAUAAUGCAAACACUCUGCAUAAUUAGAGAACACUGCAAAAACUCCAGGAGACACAGUGAGUGUGAGAGAGGAAAGGACAAGAACCAAAUUGGAAAACUAAGGCAACAAAAGUUCUCUCUCAGGUGUGGUGCCACAGAUGGGCAAAAUAUCUUCAGAGCAACUGCAACACCAAGGAAAACUCAUAAGAUGAUUUCACAGGAAGUUAAAGAGAAUGUUACCCAGCAAGUGUCUGCAGAGCAGGACUCGCUACUUGGAAAGACUGAAAGAAAAACAAGUGAUCUUCUGGAUUCUAAUAGGCACAUAGUCCGAAGGAGUAUUGUGGACUGUGGAGGGCCUUCAAAUAAUUUUGCAGUAUUAAGGAUACCUUUCAAGGGUUGCUGAGGACACAGCAGAAAAAAAAACAAUGGGAACCCCUACAGGCAGAGCUGCUGUCCCUAUGGCAAAAAGGCCACCUGUUAGGAAAGUGAUGCAAAGAAGAGGCUGCAUUUUAUCUAGAUGUGGGAGAAGUUUAAUUAGAUAAUAAAAAGAGGUAGGAAACUACCAGGUGAAAAGGACAAAUACUGGUGAAAGAAGGACAAUAAAGGCAUCAGGAAUUAAUGUUUUGUAAUAGUUCUCUCUUUGAAUGAUCUGAAUUGGUGUGCUAUAAAACAAUACACACAUCAUUCUGAAUACCUGCA